AUGGACAAGUACAAUUCGGACUUUGCGAAUUUCUGCGGUCAGCUGUGGCAUUCGCAGAUACCGUCGAUACGAGAUCACUAUCGCUGCGGCAACCACUCGCCACCGCACAUUUCAUCGGAAGGGUUGAAUAUCGCCGAAUGGUCACGGACACGGCCUGCCGAGAUUACGCGAGAGGAUGUGGAUAUCGGCUCAGACAUCCAGGGAAUACAGUGGGACAAACUCGAGCUGGGAAGGAAGGAAGCGAGGAGAUGGAGGCAGGGGAGAUAUAUCAACUACCGCAACAUCCAGAGUUUCACCAAGGAAGGGCGGCAGCCAAUCAGGUCGAAUCGCGAAUUCUUCACUUUCCUCCGACAUAAUACCCUUCGAUGCCGGCUGAUGCACUUCCAACUGCGCAACGUGCUUGCCCUGACCGACAGAAACAAUAUAUUCUUUUCGAACGGCGACCAGGUCACCUCGUUCCACCCAGUCACAAACACGAUCCGACAGCCCUUCCUCGACCUCAGCGACGAAGCCCAUGGCGACUAUUACCCCAUCCGCAUCUCCACCCUCGGAGCCUGCGGGGGCCCUGACGCGGUUCUCAUGGCCGGAGGUUUUAAUGGCACCUUCGCCAUCAAACCGCUGAACGCGAACAUAUCGGACCCUCCCAUAACCGGCGCGAUAACGGGCCACGAAAACGGUAUAACAAACCAUAUUCAGAUAAUCCGCUCGCGGCGCACGUCUACCCCUCAAGCCGUAAUCUGCAGCAACGACAACCACAUCCGAAUCCUGGACAUCGUCGACCCUCGCCGACGUUUCAUAUCUCACCACAGUUUCGCAUGGGCCGUAAACUGCAGUGCCACAUCCCCGGACUCGCGCCUCCGCGCCGUAGUCGGCGACUCCAAAGACGUCCUCAUCGUCGACGCCGAGCGCGGCCGCACCGAGUUCACACUCCCGGGCCACCAAGACUUUGGCUUCGCGGCAGCGUGGUCAGACGACGGCUACACGAUCGCCACGGGCAACCAAGACCAAACAGUGCGCAUCUUCGACGCGCGAAACCUCUCGUCCACGCUCAAGACCUUCUCCAUGACCAUGGCUGGCUGCAGGACUCUGAAAUUCUCGCCCAUGGGCAACGGCAAUCGCCAGGUCCUGGCCAUGGCCGAGCCCGCGGACCUGCUGCACUUCGUCGACACGAAGACGUGGGAGCACGCGCAGACGGUCAGCUUCUGGGGAGAGGUCGGCGGCCUCGACUUUACGCCCGACGGCGAGCAGGUCGUCGUCGCUAACUGUGAUCGCUACGUCGGCGGCGUCAUGACUUUGCAGCGCAAGAAGGGCACCGAUUGGUACCCUGAUUGGACUCCGGACUGGGAGGAGAAGAAGACUGCCGAGGAGGAGAAGUUCAUCGAGGUUGAUGGAGGGACGAGAUUGGGCAGGAGGGAGAGGACGGGGAAGGGCGGCAGGUGGAAACGGCUCGGCUCGGGUGGGCUGGCGGUCAUGGUUUAG